UGCUCCGCUUCGGGCCAUAAAUUAUGCAAAUUAUUGGCACUUCAGGUACUGAAGACGGCAACUUGACAAAGCUUUAGCCAGCUAAUUGAGCAAUUAUUCCAGCUUUAGUUUGAAAAGCAAAGCAAGCCAAUAAAAAUCCCCCACAACUUCAAAGCCCAAUGAGAAAUGAUAAGAUAAAAAGUCAAAUCGAACCCCGCCAAAGCUCUAUUAGGCCAACAAAAGAGUCGAACAGCCAUAGCGAGUCAGUGUUGAACGUGGAUUAAGUCCGACGACAUGAAAUUUCUAAGCAUUCUGUUGGCCCUGUGCCUCGUGUUGGCCCUGGCCCUAUCUCCCAGCCGUGCCGAGGAGGAAAAGGUAAUCUGUCCCUGUCCCCGGAACUACGACCCUGUGUGCGGAUCCAACCUGAAAACGUAUCCCAAUCGAUGCGAAUUCGACUGCAAGCGUCGCCAGGAGGCACGGAAAGGACGCAGCAUGGACAUCCUGAGGAGUGGCACCUGCUAAAUACUGAAAACCAACCCCCCCCCAACCUGAUCACCUGGAAUCGGAAUAACCCAAGAAUUUAAUAUCAUGCUUUGUAUUAAUCAUCAGUGUGAAAUAUAUAGAAAUAAGCUUAUCAGCCCAAACAGACGACAUUGCAAUUGAUAGCGUUUCAAAGUCUUAUCAGAGAAUACGAAUCGUAAAUAAUGCGACACUGAGAGAAAACAAUAACCUACAAAUAGAUCACUGUGAUUGGCGAAUUUAACACGUUAGGCCUCAGGGGUUGCCUGUCAGAGAUUAAAUCAACGGAAGAUAAUAAAUUAUGAGUAAUGCUUUACAACUUCAAAAUACAAUAAAUCUUCUGGAAGCAA